CUAUAAACAUUUGUGAAAGAAUGGGUCGCUCUCAGGAGCUCAGCGAAUUCAAGCGUGGUACCGUGAUAGGUUGCCACCUGUGCAAUAAGUCCAUCUGUGCAAUUUCCUUGCUAUUAAAUAUUCCAAGGUCAACUGUUAGUGGUAUUAUACCAAAGUGGAAGCAACUGGGAGCAACAGCAACUCAGCCACGAAGUGAGUGGGGUCAGCGCAUGCUGAAGUGCACAGUGCGCAGAAGUCGCCAACUGUCUGCAGAGUCAAUAGCUAAAGACCUCCAAACAUCAUGUGGCCUUUAGAUUAGCACAACAGCAGUGCGUAGAGAGCUUCAUGGAAUGGGUUUCCAUGGCCAA